CAGUAACGUUGAUCAUGGCGGGAAUGUUGGAGGAACAGCCCCCGGGAAGGUCGAUCUUUUUGGACGUAUGUGUUCAGUUUACAAUUUUCUCGUUCCACAUAUCUAUUGAUAUUAAAUCAGAGCUUUGUAUUUUCUCCUGCAGGUGUUUCGAAGAGCAGAUAAAACUGGUGAGUGGUCCUAUUUUUCAUACUAAUAUUUGUGCGAAAAUUUGCGAAAUUAUUGUCGAUAAAUAUGAUGUUGGAGGUCACUUCCGGUCGAUUUAACAAUUUCGGGAGCUAGCUGAUCUAGUUAUACACAUUUACAGACAAUUAAUCUGUUACCGAUUCGUUUAAAAAACAGAUGAUGGUGCUCUAUCUCUGGAGGAAUUCAAGGCAUUCUUCAGCGAUGGAAUCUUGUCGAACGAAGAUUUGGAAAAAUUAUUCCACGACAUCGAUACACACAACACAAAGUACGUAAGGGCGUGAUUGUAGAUGAGAAAUUAAAUAGGUGUUUAUAGAACUUUAAAGGCUCCUUGUAGCGCAUGAUUAAGUUCAGGACACGAUCUGAUUAAGGAUUCACUAUGAUAAAUACACAUCACGCCCUGUGCAAUAUAUCAAUGUCCAAAAAUAUGCAAAUGAGGGCUGGAACAAUUACCUUCCUUCAUUGCAAACCACUGUUCAUUUAAGAAUUACAUCAAAGCCAAUCAUUACAUAUAAGCAAAAAAGCUGUAGAAAUUGCAAGGUCUCUGAAACCCAAAUGCUUACAUAAGAAGUACUCAGUAAACUGCUAUAUUUUCUUUUUCUUUUUGUUGUUCUCUUCUGUAAGUAAACAUCAUCUGCUCUCUGGAAAUUCUGCUUGUGCUUCAUAGUUUCUUUAGAAAUUCGACUUAAUCCUUUAUACUGAACCCCACUCUUCCUUAGGAAUUUCUUGUGACCUUCCUUAGAGCAUGGCAGCUGUAUUACCAUCAUAAUGUAAACUGAGAAGUGUCCAAAUUGCUCAAUUCUGUUACAAUUCUAUUUUAAAAUAAAGCAUUUUUUGUUAUCAUUUUAGUAAUUUGGAUACUUCUGAACUUUGUGGUAAGUAUUCCACCAAAUGUCGCAUAAUAACAGCUAAAUUAGGAUUAAAGUGGCAAUUUUGCUGGAUAAUUGUAUUUUUUUUAAUCCAAAAACAUUUGGCUAUUUCAUUGUAUGGAUAUGGAUGUUAUGCUUGCCCUCGUUCAAAGAUUAGCUUUGUACUGUAACAUAAAAAUAGGCCUCCUAACCCUCAUGAGUGACUAACUUCCAACUUCUCAAAACAACAUUACCCCUGAAUAAAAUACUAAGGUCACAAGAGCAAAGGAAAUGAUCACAAACUCAAGAACCCCUUGAUUGUUGAACAAUUUUCCUUGUCAGUGCCAUCAGAAGUAUAUAAAGAAUAGUGUGGGAAAGAUGCAUAUCAUUCUUAGCAUGUAAAGAGUAACUGUCUGUUUAGGUGAUCAUUGCAUUUAUUUCAAUUUUUUUUCUACUCAAGAAGGGAGCCAAGAGUCACUUAUUAACAUGUAUAGCACAGAAUAACCACUAGACCUGCUAUUUAUGAGAGAUGUCCCUGCUUACUCUAUCUAGAUUACUUCAUGAAAGAAAUGGGUCCUUUCACUGAGAUCUUUGCCAAUCUAGAGAGCAUGAACAAAGCUGUCAGUAAUGCAUUGGUGGAGUCUGCAAAGGUUUGUACCAUCACUACAGGGAAUUAAAUAUUACAGAAAUACUCACCUGUUCUCUAUUUAACAAAUAGAUUCCAAGUUGCCAUGCGUCUGUUCAGUAAUAGAUCACAGAUGACAUCAAAAUAUGGUAAGAACAAAAAAGUGGCACACAAGGCGCAGCCAAGUGUGUCAAUGAUGUUUUACCACAUUUUGACAUCCUCUGUGAUCUAUUACUGAACAGACACACAGCAACUUGGAAUCUAUUUGUUUUAUAUUGUAAAGAAUUAAAAAAGUUUUAAUGAUGACAUCAUCUAUGCGUCUGUCCUCCAAUAGAUCAUAAGUGAGAACCAAUCAGAAUGCAUGCAUAACUAAGCCUAUAUAAAAUAAAAUACAGUACUUCAAUAUGUAAUUUUAUAAAGGAAAACAAGGCAAUAGAGUAAAUACAGUAUCCUGAUAAACUUUUAUUUUUCUCUCUCUUUAGAAAUAUUAGCAGCCUUUCAGAGCAUAUCAGUCAUUCAUAUAUUUUGAAAAAAUAUCUAAUUUUUAUUGGAUACAGUUGUCAUUGAUGGUCAUGAAGUUGAACUUUGCCUUUUCUUUUCCCUUUACACCCUAAUAUCAUUAUCUAUAUUCCCUACAAUCAUCUCUGUACAUUCAUUUUGAUACUGACAAGGAGAAUUCAUUUAACAAUCAAAGCUUCCUUGGUUUGCAAUCAUUUUCUUUAUUCUCGUGACCUUAUAAGUGAAUCUGGGGUGAGAUUGCAUACAGAAAUAAUAUGUUAAGUAAAUUUAUAACUGGUUUAAAUGAUAUUUUUUGCUAUAGGCUUAUCCCGACAAGUCCUUUAUUGGAAAGUUUACCACUCGCUUCCUGUUGAAAGAGGUAAGUAAUUAGGACAUAUCAUGAUCAUUCUCUCAACCUUGUUUAAAACUGCCCCAGUUUUAGGUUUCAACACUGAGGUACAUAAAUGUAUCAGUCUGUAAUAAUUUUGAGGAUGGAAAACCUCCCUGAAAGACAUAGUGACAAUGACUAUUAUCUUCACAAUGAAUUGUGACUGAUGUAAGUUCACAUGUCUCUGCUUCACAACUGUAUAGAUUCAGGGACAGAUGGGUUGUCUAGCACAUCACAUCAAUGCUGCAGUAGAUAAGAUUGAUGAGGAAGAAACACAGCAGAGGUGAUUGUUUCUUCGUAACAUUUCUUUGAUAAUUAAAUCACAGGCUCUUAAUAACUUUCCUGAUCUGUCAUUCAGUCUCACCUUGUGUAAUUUCUUGGUCAACCUUGUUGGCAAUGCUGUGCGCUUAGAAAAAUCGCAGAAUCCCUGAAGGCUCUUGUUUCAGAAAUAUGGGGUACCCAGUGUUAAAAAGCUUUAAUGUAAGAAAAGUCAUGGAAGUUGCCCAAAGACAUCAAUUUGUUAUGGGUGACAUCAGAGGGCCUGUCAGGGUGCAACUCUGGUUGGUUAGUUUCUUUGAUUAAAAUAAAUUUCCGAAACAUUAGAAUUACAAAUGUAAGAGCUGACAUUCAAAGUCUUUCAUUUUAUGAGCAAUCAAUUUCUUCAGUAUUUAUGCUUAAUAAAAUAACUUAAAUUAUCAGUGUAUUUGUCUCAAAUAUGAGAGGAAGGAAAAAAAAGUCAGUUUCAUUUAUGAAGUUGAUGUGUGUCUGUCUUUCACUAGACCUGAUGUUUGUCAAGCUGCAGUCACCAAUACAAAUGUAAGAGGAGGAAGGAUGAAGAGAAAGAUGCAUUCAUUUGGACAACAAACAAGCCUUGAUGGUAACUUAUAAACUACUUUAUUUUUUACUGUUUUCUUUCUAAGGUCCAGUCUUUGAUCCCUCUUAGGGGGGAUUGCUCAAGGAAUAAUUUCAGGUGGCACUAGCCAUCAAGAAGUCAAAUAUUCAACCUUCCUGCACCUCUUCAACUUCUUCCUGACUAUUUACAAUUAAAAGCUAAAAGUUGGGAGAGGUAUUUUUAUAAGUAGACACAAAUAUCAAUACAUCAUCAUUAUGAAGUGUUUGACCCCCUUCCCUGCACAAUUUCUCUAUUAGGAAAGAGGUCUGUGAAUACUACCAGUACUAAUGCACAAUUAAGACUUCGGACCAGGCUCUAUCCAGAUCAGUUGAACUGAAACAGAAUUCAUCCCAUAAUUAAUACCCUCAUUGUAGCUCUGGGCUUCACUGCCCACUUGCUACUUAUUAGAUUAGAUAAAUAAGGAAGAUACCUUUGUCAGUCUCAAAUAUAUUUUAACUGUUGGGGGCUACUGUGUUUUUCUGUACCUAGCUACUGGAAAAUUGAAUCAAUGUCAGUUUCUGCAGAGGUACCUACCCCUCUCCUAACCCAAAAAACAGUCAAAUGAUGACAAGUUAGGAUUACUUGUUGGGUCAGGGGAGGGGUAGGUACACCAUUGCUCAGAUAUUGACAUUGAUCCACAAAUGUUGUUAUUUUUUUAGUUUAGGAAAACUUCCCCACCCUAAGUGGGGUGGUUAACCCUUUAACUCCCAGAUCAAAUUUGUAAUUCUCCUUACUUUCUUAUAAUGUUAGUUCAGAGAAGUUAGUAUUGGAUCAACUAAUUUUCCCCAAAUUGAUUUUUUUCUCUAUUCUCAUCACUUAUGUGGUUAAUAUUGUAUUGAUAUUGUAAAGAGAAAUUCUUCUUGGUCACUCAUGGGAGUUAGAGGGUUAAAUGUCUUACAUCUGAUCAUGGUUAUUGUAGUGUUGUAAGACAGACAGGACAAGCCAUGAGCUGACAUACAACAAUGUUCAAGUUUAAGUUUCUCACAAAACAUUGAUAUCUGAACAGCUAACCAGCAAGCAAUGAGACAUGGUUUGUCCUUGGAAGUAGAUCGUCUUUCAGAGCUCAUUGACAAAUUGGAAAAUAAGGUGUGCCUUCCUUUUUUUCUUAAAUGAUAUUUAGGCAGUAGAGGACUUCUUCCAUCAUUGUAUGGCUACAUCUAAACACAAGGGGGAUGGGGAGAAUAUGAGAUAGUUAAACAAAACAAAAACAGGGGUGAGAGUUUGUAUCAAUUUUGAGAAUUUUCCAAACCAUCUUAGUGUUCACAUGAGGCUUCGUAAACAUGAAAGAUGUCCUCUGCUACAUGCCUUUAUUAAAAAAAAUCUCAAAAAAACAAGGGAGUCUUAUGGUACAACUUUUUUUUUUAAGCCUUUACCCCCUGACAUCAGUAUACAUGUUCUCCAUACUGUUCUCUGCACAUUUGUAAGGUGCUGACAAGGAGAAUUUGUGUAACAAUCAAGAGCUUCUUUAGUUGGUUAUCAUUUCUUUUAUUCUACAUGUCCUUAAUGAUUGAUUCAGAGGUGAUAUUGUAUGGAGGAAUUAGAUGCUAGAUACUCUUAGGGCUUAAGGGUCAACACUGUUGUAAAAACAUGGCUAUCCAUCGCUGAGAGCCCGCCCACUGUCUCAGUUAUUUUAUGAAAAGUGACAGCUACACGGUAUGAAUUAUAUUAUCAGUGCUCUUUUCCAUUACUGUUUCUUUGAGUUUACUUUUAAAAGUUGAAGACGAGUGAUUUACAAACUUUUCACGUGUUCUCCCAACAUCCCCCAGGGUUCAUUACGCCGGUAAACCGAUAGAAAGUACAGUUGAUUGCUUUUAUAAAAUAAGCUUCUGUUUUCUAUAGGUUAAACGGUGUAAUAAACGAUAGUUUAUAUACCAAUCAGGGCGCUUGUAAUAUCUCAGACAGUUUUUUAAAAUGAAAUACAAGGUUUCAACUACAUGGAAUCUUAACAGGUCAAAUUUGAUGUCAUUGAUGAAGAGGAAGUUGAAGUUGGAAAAGAACAAUCGGUAUUGUAAAAAUCCUGUUUGUAAAUACAGAGAAAAGGAUUUGAGAUCAAGAGUUAUAGUAUAUCUCUUAAAAAGUUCAGUACGUCGGAGGCGUGUUCCUGUAGAUGUAUACCUGUCUCUGAGUACAAAAUACAAUUUAGGGUCCAAGUAAUCCUGUAUUCUUUGAUGUUCCCUCAACACGCUCUAUGAUCGGCUAAGAAAACUCGGACUGUCAUCUCAAACUUUCACAUCCAAGACUAAGACCGAUCGCGCCCUAGUACCUCCUGUUUUCCUCCGCUUUAGGCGGUUUUGCCUGAAGUCCUUAUUGGCUCACGCGAGUUGAUUACUUUGGGUUUGGUUCAGUUGAAACGCGCUUUAUUGAGACACUUAAGACUUAUUAGCAAGUUUUUUUACUUUUUCUUUUUUCUUUAUUAGGUGGUUUUAGUUUCAAGGAAAUUUCAAGUAAAGGCUGAAAAAGAAUUCCGUUCAAACUUGAAAAGUUAUGUAGCGUCCUCGUCUUUAGCAGAUGGCUGUUUGCAGUAAGUCAAUAGAUUUACUCAGCGUUGGUUACUUGUUAGGGUGACUUGGUCUUCCAAAAAGAGCAGAAAAAUAUCCUGAACACAGAAAUGCAAGUGCAAACGGCUGAGAGCAAACUUAAGAAGUUCGAUUUUUGAUGUUCCCCGUGAACUUCAUGCCUAACCUCCUCAAUGUAUUUCUCUUGCAGUCUUGGGAUACGCACUAUCAGUGGAACAAAUACGUUUGUGGUGUACGAGAUUUGGGCGAGCAGCGAGGAUUUGAAUAGGUGCGUUAACAGACGUUGCCUAGUUCACUUUUCCUAAUCAGCGACUUCAGAAUGUGUAAACCGCAGUCGCAUCUAAGUCGUAAAGCUUCUGUAAUGUGUUCCCGAUUUUUUUGGCAUAAAGCUACUCGCCAUAUGUUUCCUUCUUUCAAUGCAGUUAAAUGCAAUUUAACGGAGUCAACAAUAAAAAGCAUCAGCGUUCUUUAGUAGUCAGUGGUUUUUUUUUCUAUAUGCACAUGCGUCGGAAUUCCAUGUGCUCUUCUCGGCCUGCUUGGGAUGCAAAGAUGUUAAGGAUUCUAAUGAUCAUUCUUAUCUUCAUGCAGACACUUCUCGUCUGAUACGUCAAAGACAUUCAUGCAUGGAAACAUUGACUGCAUGGAACAACCCGAGGAAUAUCAGAAGAUGGCAGUGCCUGGU